AUGUCUUCUUACUACGCUCGUCUUGAAACAUCUAACCUCGGGCACCCACUGCUAAAACGUAGUACAGAAGGAGCCGCUCACGAUGUACGACACGACGAUUUCGUUGUUCCAGGCCAGACCAAGGAAGGCAAUGAAUUGUACCUGCCACUGCUAGAAGUAUCAGUGGAGGUCGAGGUCGUGGGGACUGUUGCAUGGACGAAGUUGACCCAAACCUUCACGAACCGAACAACCUCUCUUGUUAAAGAAGCAACUUAUUGUUUCCCGCUGUACGACAAGUCGACAGUCACAGAUUUCACUUGUUUCAUUGGCUCUGACAAAGUCUUAAGGGGGGUUGUCAAGCCGAAACCACAAGCAAAGGCCGAGUUCCAGGCUGCUGUAGCUCGUCAGCGUGUUGCCGCUCUUCUUGAAGAGCACACGCCAGAAGUUUUCGAAACCAGUAUUGGCAAUAUCCCUGCCCAGUCCACUGUUAAGAUCGAGAUCUGCUACAUUACAGAACUGAAAGCCGACCUCAGCGGAGAAGGUGUUCUUGUCACGGUUCCCACGUCCGUUGCACCACGAUAUGGGGCGCCUCCGAUCUCUUUCUCGAGUUCAAGUGCCUCUGCAUCCCUCGCUGUUCCGCCGGAAAAUGGACUUCAGAUCCAAAUACAAGUUUCGUCACCAGUUGCGAUCAACAGAAUUGAGAGCCGGACACAUCCCGUGACAAUAGAGAUGGGUUCCCACGGCCAUACAACUACGAGAAAUAUCAGAGACCUAGCCAAAAGUCGUGGGUCUUUGGAGUAUGAUCCAAAAAAGGCCAGAGCAACCCUUUCAGACCGAAGCGCCUGUCUGGGGAAGGAUUUUGUUCUCCUCGUCCAAUGUCGCGGUGGAACAUUAUUGGCUUCUCGAGCUACCCAGGAACCUCAUCCAAAACUUCCAGAUCACUCGGCUCUGAUGGUUUCCAUCAACCUCCGGGAUGUGUAUACUCCAGAUGUAGUUUCGCCAAAAUCGCCCUGCGAAAUCAUUUUCUUCGCAGAUCGAUCAGGAUCAAUGCAAGACAAGAUCGAAGCAUUGAAGACGGCCAUGGGAUUCUUCUUGAAGAGUCUUCCGAACAAUUGUUUCUUCAACAUAUGUUCUUUUGGUUCCAACCACGUUUUCAUGUGGCCCAAUUCCAGGCCAUAUAACCAGCAAAAUCUUGAUGAAUCAAUAUCGUACGUCACAAUCAAUUUCGAAGCCGAUAUGGGAGGCACGGAGCUUCUUUCGGGAUUGCGGAAGGUUGUCCUGAAAAGAAAUCUGGCUUUGAAUACCCAAAUCAUUAUUCCGACGGACGGCGAGGUUUGGGAUCCAGCCAACACUUUUGACUUCAUCAGAAACACAAGGGCCGCCAAUGAAGAAAAGGAGAUUCGAUUCUUCGCUCUUGGGAUAGGAGAUGCGGUCUCACAUCAGCUUGUUGAAGGCAUCAGCCGACAUGGCGGCGGAUUGGCUGAAGUCGUCUCAGUGGACUCAAGAGGCGAUUGGAAAGGAAGAGUCAUCCGCAUGUUAGAAGCUGCCUUGACUCCUUCUACAUGGAAGAUUGAGAUUAGUUUGGACGACGACUCAAUUCUUCACAAUUGGAAGGAACAACGUUGCAUUCAAGCUCCUUACCAAAUCCCAGAUUUUCAUGCAUUCUCCAGGUCUUCUGUAUAUUUUCUCUUCUCUCAAGAAGUCAUGACCAAAAGCGUCAAAUUCAAAGCGACUGCGACAUCCGGAGAAACAGUAACCGCAGAUCUCCCUCUUCAAAGUCUCGAGAGCAGCCGUACCUGUGUGCACCUCUUGGCUGCAAAGGCAGUCUUACAUGACCUGGAGAGUGGCCAAAGCUGGAUGCAUGCAAUUGGUCAAAAGAAUAACGGAACCGCCCAGGCAAAUGUUGAAGACCUUGCUAAGGCUGAAGGCGAAAGGAUUGGAACCGAGUGGUCGUUGUCGAGUAAAUGGACAAGUUUUGUGAUUGUGGACAACAUCAACUUGUUGGAGAAGACCUCGCGCUUGUAUCAAGCAGAGAAGACUGAGCUUGCGGAAUUGACGAGGACCAGGUUGGGUGCGACGGAUUACCCUGUUCCAAAUCAAUUAGCUUUCCACGGUCCCUCUUUCGCGCCAUUCAAAAGAUUGGUUCGAGGCGCCGCGCGACCGCGCCCCCCGCCCGUACGAAGACUUGAAUUUUUUACAAAGGAGACUGGGAAUGCUCAUUACACGCAAGAAACUACAGCUCUCCGAGUAGAUGAGGCGCCUGCCAAUAACAGUGUUGAUCGCAAUACUUCGGUGAGGUCCGUAAUAACGCCACCGGCAUAUAACCCGAGCGCUGGACAGAAUGAGCAUGUCUUGGGAAGGGAAAGCGAACGAGGAGGAAUAGAUUCCGUGAUUGAGUUCUCGGAGAUUGUGGAUAAGGAGGAGCAGUCGCGAGAGACAGAUAUGAAAGCUCCUUACCAGGUUGGGCGUGCGUUUAGAAGAGGAAAUCAAGAGGAGGAAAGGAGAAGGCUUAGGAGAGGUGGACAAAGAGCUGACUUAGUUGCCUUACAGGAACUUGCAGAACAACAAAGAAUAACCUCAACAGUGAGUGCGGGUCCGACGCUUGAAGAAUUGAGAGCGGAGCAUGAUCGGAUCAAGAACGAAUGGCAACAAACGGUCUCUUCAGUCUCUUACGCAGGUCUGGGGCUAGUUCGACGUCUGACCACGAAAGAUGCAGGUCAUGCAAAGUCUUCGACGUCAGGCUCAGCAAUCGUAACAGGAACUCGCACUUCAUCCCGGACGACAACCGCGAGAGAACUGGAUCCUAACGCUCCUGCUUUCGUAAGUUCUAGGUUCCCAGGGCCCGGAUUCGACAAAGGCAAAGGGAAGGGGGAGGGGACGGCACCAGACACCCCUAGAGACUGGAACUCGCGAGACUGGAACUUUGGAUCAACAAUGGACUACAAUAGUCUCCCAAAGAAGACUGGUGACUCGGAACUGAUACCUGCACCAGAAUUCAACCGCUCGGGAAAACGAAUAGCAUCGGUAACAGGCCAUGAAUCGCCUGCCACGCUAUAUUUUUGUGAGGAUGAGAAGCAAAGAAAUGCACACGGAAGCACAAUGCCCAUACUCGACAGGACAAUCACAGAUAUGGGCAUGGGCGACUUGAACAAUCAACCCAAAGCUGCAGAAAAUCGAGGAGCGGAAACAUCGAUUAUCAUCACCCUCAAUUUCAAACUACGCUCGUACUGCUUCCCAAUGCCUGGAUUCUGGAAGCGACUGGGGGUGGGAUCGGCACGGCGGGAGAAACCAACAAAAUAUCUCCCAUGGGGCUCGGAAGCCGAGAAUUUUCAACUUGUCAGCAAUGUGCCAAGAGUAUCCUCCACUUUAUGGCUUAACUCUCCCCAGAGGAUAGUGUACCCGGAAUCAAACCAAAACGACGAAGAUUAUGGCAGCUAUGCACCGUCAGAUUCAAUUCCGGAAACAGCUGCCUUGGAGCCAGCUAUUUCGGAGCUAGAACGUCAACGUAUCACAAAAUAUAUUGCCCUGGAGGAGCUCAUCUACGCGCAAACCACCAAUGGUAGGUUUGAUCUCAACAACGAUCUGGGAACUGCUGUAAAAAAUAAGUUCAAACAUUGGAGAUUUGAUCUUCUUGUCAGCGAGUUGGGUGAAUCGAUGUGGUAUGGGGAUAUGGAUAAAGUGCUGGAAACGGCACGGACUAUUGUGCUGAUUGAGGUAAAGCACGCAGACGCUCAAGACUCAUGGAAGUUCGUGAUUCAAAAGGCACGAGCUUUUGUUUCCACCGUGAUUCAAGACGAGGAGCAGCGGAAGAACCUCUUCGGGGUUUUGCAAAAUCAAUUAUCUGCAGACCGGGAGAUGGUUCUCCACGCUUUGAAAACAAGUCGGUGGUUGUUGAGUCAUCGUAAACUAGUUGAUGGAAUUCUGCGGAGUCAUAUCCUUGAUGACCCCAAGGAGCUUCUUAACUUAUUGCGGACUUAUGUCCCAUUGGGCUAUGGACAUUUCGCAUACGAGAUCGAGAAGCUUGUCAAAUUCUUAGGAGACCACGUACUAAACGAGGUGUACCACAAAGAAAGAAAAGAAAAGUCGAUGCCUGGUCAUUCAGGGGUAGGCCUUGAGAAUCCUGAUGAAUGGACUGAUGGAUGGGAUGAUAUUUUGAAACUAUUGGAAGCAAUAAAGUCGGUGAGGCGGGAACGAAGGGUACUAGAGUCGUGA